AUGACCUCGCUUGAGGCAAUCGGCAGCGGCUUGAACAUUAGGGUCGGCAUGGUCGGUGAUGUAGUUAAGGAACUUUUGGAAAGUUGCAAAAAGUCCGGGGCGAUUGAAGUCUUUGGAUUGUGGAUGACCAGCGAAGAGGGCGUGGAGGAGAAGUGCGAGGAACAGGACGUCCGACGAGUAGUUGAAGCAGACGGCAAUGAAUUUCGCCUAUGGGUUGACGAGAAGUACUUGAUCGACGACCGUGACAUACCACAUUCAAAAGCCAGCGACCUGCCGGAUGUCUUCACAAGUUAUCGCAAAUCUGUAGAGCCUUUACGAAAUGCGCCUCGCCGCGUCCUUCCAACGCCAACCCGGCUUCUGCCACAACCACCUGAUGUGCCGUCCCAGUCGUCUCCUUUCUCUAUCCCAACAUCUUUGGACAGUAUCAUCUCGGCCCUCCAUAAGCCAAUCACUUCCGCACCAUUCGUCAAAAACGAACCGUCAUCGAUACCAUGCGGAACCAAAUCGGCCCAUCCAUUCCAUGGUGGUUCGAAGGCUGGUCAUGCCAGAAUAGACCAUUUGAUCCGGUCAGCAAGCAUGACACAUUAUAAAGACACUCGCAACGGACUUCUCGGAACAGAUUUCAGCACAAAGCUCUCUGCCUGGCUCGCACUUGGAUGUAUCACGGCACGACAAAUUCACCAUGAUCUUCUUGCAUUCGAAGACGGUACAGAUGGAGGCAAGUGGAAAGGCAUCCAGGGCUACGGAAAGGGUGAGAAUCCAGGUACUGCAGCGGUACGGUUUGAGCUCCUCUGGCGAGACUAUAUGCGACUCUGCACGAGGAAGUUCGGGCCACGUUUAUUUCACCUGAGCGGCUUUCGAAAUGAUGACUCGUAUCCGUGGAAGAUGCCAAGCAAAGCACAGCCGGAGUUGGAAGAGAUGCUUACCCGCUUUCUAAAUGGGACCACCGGCACAGGUCUUAUCGAUGCGAGUCAGCGCGAGCUCUUCCUCACCGGCUAUACCAGCAAUCGCGCACGGCAGAAUGUGGCAAGCUUUUUAAGCAAGCACCUCGGCAUCAAUUGGAUGCUGGGCGCAGAAUGGUACGAGUGCUUGCUGGUUGAUUACGAUGUCAGCAACAACUGGGGUAAUUGGCAAUACGUCGCUGGUGUAGGAAAUGAUCCGCGGGGAGAAGCCAGAGUAUUCAACCCAAUCAAGCAGUCUUUCGACUACGACUCGGACGGCGAUUAUGUCAAAGCCUGGGUGCCAGAGCUGAGGGGGUUGGACGAUCUGCAAAAGAUCUUUCAAGCUUGGAAGAUGAAUGAUGAGGAAAAAAAGGAGCAUGAACUAGAAGGACAAGAUAUGAUUGAGAAGCCCCUGAAGAAGAUUGACUUCCACGUGGGACGGAGAGGCGGUGGAGGAGGUCAAUAUGGAGGUAGCAGUAGAGGGAAUCAGAGGCACGAUAAGGCCGGUGAGAGUGGUCGAGGGAAAGGAGGCGGGAGCUUUGGUGCACGUGGAGGCUAUCGUGGGAGAGGAAGAGGACAGAAGGGGCGAGGACAGGCGAGACAGGGCAUGAUGGCCAAGGCAGGUCAAUUUGACUAA